AUUCCAGAUAACUAUCGUGUCCUCGGUCGCGUUAUUCAUAUGAAUUACUUGAAAGAGCAGUUAGAGACUCAAUACAGCUUGAAUUUUGCCGAUGUGCGAAAGGAGAUUAUUCUAUUCAACCUGGAUGUUUAUGCAGACCUGGUGUACAUUGAGGUUAGACUUUCACAAACAAUAUUAAUGAUGACUUUUUUAUUUUGAAUUUAUUACUGUUUCUAGAGUGAUUUGUAGAUUCGCUAUCUUUGUAGGGUGCUAUAAACUUCCCUGGAGUCGAAAGAUUGAAAAUAUACUCGCGCAACUUGGUGGGGUCGACAGGAAGUAGCCUAGAUUUGUCUGCCCCGAAUUGGAACCAAGCCUUCACGAGCGGAGCUGCGCCUGGGAGUAAUGGAGAAAACGGCAACAACGGCGUAAAUGGUCCAACGGGUGGGUAAAAUUCUGCUCUCUAUGACGACAUCAGAUGAACAGCUGUAUGUCUACAUAUUGAUAAUUAAAUCUACAUCUUUUCAUUAGUUGAGAUUUACGCUAGCACGGUUCAAGGUAGUUUUACUGUGAUAGCCAGUGGAGGUGAUGGACAUCAAGGACAGGAUGGUGAACCUGGAGACGAUGCGCCAGACAGAAGAGAUCAAGUAGGUUCCUUCAAGGGACAGUGUCCCAGGGCGGAUAAAGGUUUAUCCGCCCUGCAGUGUCCCGUUUAUGUGCACGCGCGAGCGUCAUCUGUUUUUUCUUCAAAAGACAAUAGAACUGUCAUAUUGACUCGACAUGAUUUCCUUCCGGACCGCACCGCCGAAGGAGAUUUGUUGUUUACGUUCUCAAGUAAUAUUUUAGACUUUCGAAGAAGCCUUUCGUCUUAUUUAAAAUUUGGCUCGUGGCACGAAGACUCAUCGCGAUUUUAUCGUUAGCAGGGCCGCCUCGCGAACCGAAAAUCUCGUUCCGCUCGCUUUAAAAACAGCUUUUCUAAUGUGAAACUCGUGUCAGAGGUCAAUUGUUCGAAGUCUAGUAAUAUUUGCCUGAUUUGCUCGCGUUUUAGCAUCAAACAUUUGAAAGAUAUAAAUAAAAAUCACAGGUAGCCCAAGCUCGAAAUAUGAGCAUCUGCGAGCAUCGGCAUUGUUGCGUUACAUUCAAAAUAUAAGGAUUUGUAUGGGAAAAACCUAUCGUUUCCAUAACCUACGAAAAUGAAAGGAUUUCAAUAAAAAACAGCUUACUUUACUUAAAAUGUGUGUUACGUCUCUCCUGUGUGGUCCACGGGCCGAUUUAUGGCCGUUUUAUGGGUUUUUAUGUAAACCGUUUUCUCGAUUGGAGCAGCUGGAGCGAAUUUCCGGCCCUUUUCCUUUGGUGGAUCGGUCGAGCCGCUUCGCUGGAGUGCCCAACCUUAGUAAACCUUUAUAUAGAGAGAAAACCGUUUAUAACAAAAAGUAGGGGGGUGGUCUAUCUUUCGAUACAUUAGCAGUGGCAGGCUGAAAACUUGUCAGACACAUAAACGGCUAGUUCUUAUCUAUUUGGUAUGCUCCAAUUAUGUAAAUAAGGUCACGUGAUACGCCACGCCCAUAAAACCCUUGAACCUAAAUGGGCACACUUUUUCUUGUUUCCUUCAUUUUUCUACUAGUUUCAUAAUUUUAAGGCCGUUAAGUAUGUCAUUUCUGCGCUUGGCAAUGUCAAGAGUUUUCAAAGGAAAGGCAUGUUAAAAUGAUACAUUUGUACUGGGAGACUGGGUACUAGUCGAAAAAGCCGUUUAUUUUCAAAAUAGAUGAGAUAUUUGAAAGUUGCCAAGCACAGUUUUGUAGCGGCUAAUAUUUUGUAUCUUCUUAGGGUAGUAGAGUAAGAUAACUCUUGCUAAAAAGUGUGCCCAUUUUUUCUUAAAGAUAUUUUGAAACUUUGAGGAGCUGUAAGGUCACGUGACCUAAUUUACAUAAUUUUGGUCUGUUUUAAAGCAUCAAUUUUGGUGUUGUGUAAUAUUUUUUGGUAUUUUCUGCCUCAUGAUAAACCAUUCAUAUUAUAGACCACCCCCCUCAUUUUUACAGGAAAAUGGCUGUUGACCCAUGCCUUAAUUUACCUGAGUCUAAACAUGUAGCGCCUGUUUGUUUGAUUUUGCCGGCCGUAGGAAGUAAAAGUUUACUAACGCGUCGUUGUAAAACAUUCUGCUUCACGAAGCUUAAUUUCACAAGAUCUCCUCAGUCACAUCAAUGUCUCAGUGGUUUCUUUCUUACAGUCUUUAUUGUUGAUGUUUCAUUUCUGCGUAUUCCUUUCACAAUUAUCUGAGCUUGUAUGGAAGCUGGCAGAAGAAAUAAGCCUUCAAUCGGCAUCAAAGCGUUUCCCAUCCUUUGGUCCUCGGGCCAACGGCAAUAAAAGUAACGCCAAAAAAAUCCUGAUUUCGUCCAAAUCGAAACUUAACGGGAACAAUAUAUCAUUGAUCUGUAGUCCUGAGAAGUUUUAGUUAGUAUUGAACUCGGCCAAGCGCGAUGCAAACGGAUUUUUCAAGGUUCUCUUACUCUCCUCGCAUCUUUUGAUUUCGCGACACCCUGUCCGAAAAUGAAAGUUUGAUGCAUGCGCAGUAACGGGAUACUGUUCCUUUAAUUAACAGCUAAACAGAUUUUUCUAUGCAUUCUCCAGCUUAUGUAGCAAUAGAACCAAUGCGCGUCUUUCCAAUACGUUUCUUUAAGUAAAGCCUGCUUUUUCAAAAAUCAUAUGUUCAACCGGAUAGUUUUAUCAGUCUGACAUUGUACUAAGCUAUGUGAGUCCUGAAAAACCCUGGUGAGGAGCCGGGAGCUGUGGUAUAAGAGCACAUGCUUAAUUCUCCAUUAAUGUGUUCGCAGGAAUUUUGAAUCCUUAGCGAUAACAAAAUUAUCGACUGUUUCCUCCGCACGCGAAUGUAAUAGUUACCUUUGUCACCGCGUUAAACUCAAACAGGGGCAGCGGUAACGUUAUCGCUUUUUUUCAAAUGAGUGUGCAGGAUCAAUGAACUUGUUUUCCCUGAUUCGAUAAAACAGUUGCGCAGGAAUACGUUAACGUCGAUGAUGUCCCAGCCUUCUGUCUUUAUGUCAUGAAUAAAUGGUAGAGGAAUCUAAUUAAGAUUAGGUCAUGUGCUUUUUUCAGUUUUUAGUCAAUCAUUCCUCAAGCAAGGCAUUCAUUGACCUAACAAUAUUUAGAAAACUUAUUCAAUCGGUUAACCACCUAAAAAAUGCAUAUGACCUUCUCUCCGUAGUUUAUUUAUGAGAUAAAGACAAACAUAUGCGACGUCAUCGGCGUUAAUGUAUUCUCCGCGAGUGAAUGACAUUCCCCGGCAAAAAGAGGUCUAACCGGUCCCUACUAUAUUACUUUUAUACUUGUAAGUACUUCCUUUUAAAGUCAUUUUUCUACCAAACAGGAACUUUCAAAGACGCGAGCCGACUGCGACAACCAAGAAUCAUCAUUAACGUGUAUUAAUGUUCCCGGAGUACGGGGCCAGAAAGGACAAACCGGAGGGAACGGAGGAGAUGCUGGGACUCCAGGUACAUCCCAUUUUAUCAAAUUCAAUUCCUUAUAUGCCUGGGCAGAAUUCUUUCAUUCAUUGUAAAACUUUCAGUCGAUCGAAAUCUCCGUUUUAUUUAGGAGAAUCUGAGGCGCUCUUCGUCCUCAUUCUCGUAUUGCAAAGAACCUUUAGGAAUCUAUGCAAGUGCCUCACGAGCAUGGUUAAAAAUGUUUUUUCUCUUGCCAUCCUAGUGUUUUCUCUCUCUGUCUCACUCCAUGAAUGUUUAAUUCUAAUAUCUUUCCCUUUUUUGGCCGCUGCUUAUUAUUGCAUGUUAAUUCCUUCUUUACAGGCAUUGGGGGAAACGCCGGUCGGAUAAUUUUUCAUGUGCAGAACUUUGAUGGGAGAGUGGACGUGAGGUCGUGUAGAGGGGCUGGAGCAGAACCGGCUAAUAAUGGAGCUGGAGGGAAUGGUUGGUAAAGUUAAUUAUAUGAUAACUGCAAGUUCGUGAAUCGAAUUGUGAAUAGUUUCAGACGGCUUUAGUAAGGCAAUCAGCAAUAGUUUCUAACGAAGUUUCCAUAUUAGUGCCAUGUUUCUGUGUAGUGUGUAACGUUGAACGAGAAGUAGUUUUCCGGAAUAUUCCAACCCUAACCAACUCCACACCACUAAUCGUUAAAAUUUGUAAUUUACAAUCAUUACACUAUUUUGGGGCGAAAAAUUUAAAAGAAAGGGGUUUUGAUGUUUUGUACGAGCUCGUUUGCGUUCAUUAUCUUCAUCUGCUGAUUUGCGGCACUAUGAAAUUGCUUUUUGUUUUGCUAUGUUAAGCCGUAGCUAGAAGUCAGCUUCUUUCAGGGAUAUAACUUGUUAUGCCUUAUAUAACGCUUUAUUGAUAGGUGGUUUAGGCUCUUAUGGUGGUGAAGGCAGGGUCUGUGAAGGGAGUGGAUGGGGAGCUGGUGAUGGCUUUGGAUCAAGUCGGUUUUCAUGUACAGAUAAAGGUAGCGACCAUACACAGGGAAGACGUGGAGGACGAGGUGAUACAGGACAGUCAGGAACAAGUAUGAAACUCGAUUUUAUUGUAGGGGAAAGAAAGGUUUCUUCCAUAAAUACUGUACCUUCUUGAAAAGCUCCUCUUAUUUCACUGCCGUGAAAAGAAUUUGUGAUGUUAUGCUUUUUCUUUCCCUCUCUCGCUUCAAUAAGCCACGGGCAAUGUUUAAUGACCGGCCACAAAGUCUUAAAGAUCAAUUAAUUGAUUAACGAGCGAAGAAGUCAAAGUGCAAGGGAAAGAACGAAUACUCAAUCAAUCAAUCAACCAGUCAAUAAAUAAGUGAAAUAAUGAAAACCCGAAUGAGGAAAAGAAGUGAAAAUGUUUAUUUUUAGCUCCAAUGAACGGUGGUGCAGAUGGAUCAGUUGAUAAAUCGUCAAUACAACCAGGAGAGCUAGACCAGGCUGGCAAACACAGUUACCCAAUAGUACUUCUCAGAGUCAUUAAGAGACAAGCUGAAGAUUUGCUUUGGAAAGGUGAAGUUGCACAAGGCCGUGCGGCUCUCCACUUUCUAAAAUCGGUGACAAAGGAAAGGACUGAUUCUGACGCCGUUGCCAUAAACAAAGGUAUUGUUUAGCAAACUCGUAAGACAACUGUUGUGGACAAACAAGUAGAUUUAAGCCGCCUCUUUUUCAAAAUACGAAAGUGUUCUUACUCAAAUAAUUUUCGUUAAAACUCCAGGCCACCACCUCGGGUUAGCCUGUGUACAGCUGCCUCCUCCCCUCAGAAAAGGGGAGGGGGCGGCUGUACACAGGCUACCUGUGGUAAGAGAGUGUGGUGACCUUCUAUUGCGAUCAGUCUGGUAUCAAAGACGCUACAUCACGGUUUCUCGUUUGAAUUCCAAAAUGUCCUCGAUCCUAAAUAAUUUAUAAUCCCGUUAUAGUUCGCUGUUACCUACUUGGCGUUCCAGUUCUAACCCGUGGCUAGCAAUGGCUUUUUAGCUAUAGAUCCAAUCCUCAAGAAAACACAGUAUAAACAGGGUAGUGUCGAAUGGCCGUGUUACCAUUUUUCUGUAUUUAUCGCCAAACAGUUUUGCUCCCACGCUGACGUUUUGGGGCUUUGUCAUGUGGGUAGGAGGCCACCAUACAGCUAGCUCUUGAUAUCGCUGAUGUAGGACAUAAGCCACACAUAAACUUAAUAAAUGGCCAUGCCUUCAAUGAGUCUGUACAGUAGCUCAGUGCCGGGAUAUCUAGCGUCUGCCCGCUGUUUGUUAAGUUGUAGUCUCAAAUCCUGUCGAUAAGGCGUCUAUUUUUCUUUCUUUGUUCCACACUUGUAACACGACCCUCUUAUUAUGGAGUGUACAGUUCUGACAACAGGUCUAAAGCGUUACCUUUCCAGCCAAUAAUCACCGAAAUUGAUCAUUGUUCCUUAGGGAAACUUUUGAACCAAAGCAAGAGGCUCAUGUUAAACAAUACCAGGCUCCAGUUUGUAGUAACCUCUUAAGGUGCUAUGGCUUAAAAUAACUGUAACAGAUAACCACUUACGCUUGACAAUCAUGUAGUUGCUUCGGCACUAAAACCGUCAUAAUACACGUCCACUUUCAAGCGUUUUGAGAAAACUAAAAAUCGGGCCAGUAAUAAGUCUCUCUGCCGUAUUUGUUUUUCAGCUGUUUCACGAAAGCUUGGUUUUCUAGAAGUGGAAGGUUACGACAUUUUUGGAAAGAAUGAGUUGUUUGCUCCUCGAAUUAAGUGGGAAGCGCUCAAGACGGUCGUGGAGGGCAUCAAGAACACAGCCUCCGAGUACGAACGAGGUUACAAUGACAUCAGGGAAUCUAUCGAAAGCAAAUCAGACUUUCAGCAGGUUGAUAUAUGACCAUUAUGUUUAUUUAUCAUUUGUAACCAUAAAGUACAGAAGUAAUCUGUGGAGUUUAUGAAUGUGUACCCGCCCAAUGUUACCAUGUGUUCAUGUAUUCAGAUAUUCAUUUUAUUAAUCCAGUCUCAUAGCUUUUCUCUUGAUUAUACAUUAUAUUGUUGUUGUGUUAGGAUAAAAAAUUGAUGUUAGUCACUCUUGAGACUUAAAUGGGUCAAGUAGCUUAAGUCGAUUGACUAUAUUUUAAGUAAAAGCACAUGUUAGGAAUAUCUAGUGUGAAAAUUGGAAUUGGCACAAAGCUUAGUGAUAUUUGGUUAACCCUAACCUACUCAAACGAGUUCACCGCUCAGUCAAGAUUUUGUGUUUUUUGUUUUUUUUUUUCUUUCUCUUUUGUGUAAAACAGAUAUCUCUCAAGAUGUCUACAUUGGCACACUCACAGGUCAAGGCAGAAAAAGAUCGCUUAAUCGAGGCCAAAAAAAUCGCCGAGAGCGAGAAAAGGCUCUAUGUUAAGGUUUGUAUACAAAAGUCUAAAAUGUCCCCUAAAAUCAUGUUUUUGUCUUGCAGUGUCGUUGCAUUUGUGGUGGAUAACUGGUUUCAGUCCAAUUAAUUGAGGACAUGAGCCUUUAGAACAUCAAAGAAACAUGUGUCCUAAAUAACGUGAAAAAAAAAAACGCUUUAGUUAAGGCAUAUAUUCCGCUUUUGUUUUCGAGAUAGAAAAUUACUACACGCAUCUGGCACAAAACACUUACUCGGUAUAGCAAUAGGGCUUAUGAUAUUCUUUAUAGUACUAAACCAUCCCUCGUGUUGUGCUGUCUCACUUAGACAAGUUUCAACAACUCGACUUAUUCUGAUGUGACCAAUAAAAAGAGGCCCUGAUUAAAGUCUAAACAAGAAUCGCCGAAAGGCGAUUUUUAACUGGGCUGCCAUAGGGCUAUUAGGGAGUUUAAGAUGCCCCUACGGCGACGGCAACGAGAACGUCAAAAAGCAAUUGGUUAAGAUUAGCAAAACAACAACUCUGCACGUGCAUCACGCUUUUUUGUACAUUUCUUUGCCGUCACUGCACGACUACGACGUGAAUUGCCUAAUUUCACGUUUUAUCGACAACGUGAACAUACGAUGACGAAUCUCUCUUACUCUUUGUAUACCUGGAUAUUUUUCUUAAGAAUUCAAGCCUGGGAGAGUUUGCUUACAUAAAACUUAGUGACCGAGUUGGGAUAAUCGCGCUAAAGCUUCAUAGAUCGAGGACUGUCACUUUUUAAGCGAUGUUUUUGCCGCCGUCGCCGUCGUGGUAUCUUAAACUCCCUAUUUUCUCUGAGGGGAGGGGGCCGCUAUACGCAUUCAGGCUACCAUAAAAACCUGUCGCCGACCAUUGCGUGAGACAGAAUCUCACGUGAGACUCAAACAUAAACUCAUGCAGAACAUUGUACCCUUUUGAAAGAUUUUCGUAACAAAAAAAUGAGUACCAUUUUUAAGUGGGGACUGAAUAAUAACUUUUAAAUUCCACCAUUAUGAAUAAAAAUAAACAAGUUAAAGGUUGAGUUUGAUCGUCCGGGUGAACGUAGUCCUGAAUAGGACUGUUGUUGUUGACAGUGACUGACGUUUCGACAACCUGUGCGGUAGUCAUCUUCAGAGUCAAAGUGAGUUGUAUCACGUCAGUUGAUGGUAUUAUACACUGGUUAUUGAUCUGAUUGGUCAAUUAUGUCGCGAUGUUAUUGGUCGUCUGUCAGUUAAGCCGUGAUGUUAUUGGCUAUGAAGACUCGUAAUCAGUGAUUACCACCAAUCACUNCAUUUGUGCUGCAUGCAAAUUUUUUCCAUCCGACAAGCGCUUGCAGGAAAUUUUUUUUCAAAAUCACCCCCUCUCCCCCCCCCCCCACCCUCAAGAGUUAAAUGGUCGGCCCCUUAUAUUAAUUAAAACCCUAUGGUUCAUUCAUAUUAAUGCUGUUUUUGCCCCUCACAUUGACGGUGUUCGUUCGUUUAUAAAACACCUUUAGGAAAAUAAACGUCGUAUAAAUCAUGUGUAUUAUGUUUCGAAAUAAAUGGAUUAUACGCUUUUUUAAGUUUCCAUUUUGCGGUGACUUCAGUUUACAUCUCCAUAAAAUCAAGAAACAACACGAGAGCUGAAAAUUUUCAAAGGCAUGUUUCUGAAACUCGCUAAUGCUGACAUUCAUCGGCAACUGAGUUGUUCUCUGCACUGAGUACGACAGCUUACAAUCAAGUCUUCAGCCAUAGUGUCGUCAACUGAUGAAAUAAUUUGCUCAUAAAUUGUGCUUAUUAAUUGCUCAUGUACUACAUCGAUCGAUAAUUCUCUCUUUGAGUUCACGAAGAGGCCCCAGCGUUCCAAACCUGAUGCUCACAGUCAUCUUUUAGUGUGAACCUACCGUGAACGACGUGUGGGUUUGUAUGCAACGUGAGCAUUUCUCCGAGUUUCCCAGCGCCAACGUCAUCAACUGACUUAAACUCGAACAAUAAAAAAAUUAUAGAGUUACUCCUAUGAUCAAAUCGCUUCGAACAACGCAAAUAACCUUCUUCAGGUUCGCAACGCCUUCUGGGUUUCUGGGGGAGCGGAGACGAGGUACAAAAAGUAUUCAUGUAACGGUCCGUGCAAGAGAAAAUCCUAUGAAACCAUUUGUGAGAACAUCGUUUCUCGGUACCAGAACCUCGUGUCUUCCCUCCCCCGGGAGGCCGUUUUCCUGCACUGGCGACCGAAAACCGAAUUUAUAACUGGGCCGCACAGGCAGCCCAGUAAUAACGGUUGGAUGCUUCGGUAAAAUACACUAAAAUCAUCUUUAUUAAUCAGUGACAGAGCCAUGUAUUGUCUUUGUGUCUUUUGUGCUUGUGUUUGGACCUAUAGACCGAAUUUAACUGUUAACGUAUUUAGCAGCGCUUUUAUUUUCAAAGUUCCAUGAACCGAGAAUAAAUGGACUUGUCGUGCUAGUAAUCGAAAAGUUGUUUUUCAUCUAAGAAAACCAAAUCCCGCCAAUAUCUCCCUCUAGGCCAUCGGAGAGCUGGAAAGCGAAAUGAGAAGUAUAACACAACAGAUAAAAGGGAUUCUACCUGAAGCAUUAAGUGCUGCUGAAUUUAACGAAGACGAUUUUCUGGCAGUUCUUCAAGGCAUUGUGGGUUUUGCAGGAGCAAUCAGAGAUAAAAAUCCUUUGGAUUUCAUCACCAGUGCUGUUACACUUGCACAAGAUCUAGCAGGGAAAAGAUGCCCUUUGGGGACCCUUAAAGACAAUCUUGAUAAACUGGAGAAAUGGCUGACAUUUGGCAAAGAUUAUGAGGCCCUAGAAAAUUCAAGCGAUCUGAACUUUGACCGUGUUGACAUCUCUGCUAUCCCAGAAGUCAUGCAGGCAAGGGAAAACAUAAUUUUCAUAUAAUAUAUGAAAUUUAUUUCUUCAGAAAUAAAUGGUUUAAUGCUUAAUGUGAUUGAUUAAUGUGUCAUUUCUCCCGCUACCAGUGAGGGGGCGUUCCUGCAAUCCGGAAAAAAAGUUUUUUAGACAUGAAAGCUAGGCACAAGCCUCUCUGCUCACUGAAACAAGAAAGUUGGAAAACAUUUUUGGAAUUGUAAUUAUUUGGUAUCCCAGCAAACAGAGCUCACCCAAAGCGAGACUCCGCCAACAGCAAUCACCGACUCAAUAAUUACUAUCUAAAGGAACAUGAAGCAUAAAAUAAAUAAUGCCUUCUUUUGUAUUUUUUUGCUGGGUGUUAAUGUUUUAUUCAGUGAUAUUCAUUUUGUGAAGUAUAUAUGAAAUAAUUCAUUUUGAAUUGCGGUUGUAGAUGAAAGUGAAGAAUGAUCAUCGCAGUAAAUUUUCCAAUUUAAGCAAUUGGAAAGAAGAAGACUGAAAAAAAAAAUCAGGGCUUCAACGGGAUUCGAACCAGUGACCUCCGCGUUACCGGUGCGUUGCUCUACCAACUGAGCUAUGAAGCCACACAUUGGGAGCAAGGUCAAUUUAUUGAGUUCAUAUCUCCCGUGAGGAGUUAUUCCAUGUAUUGUACUAUAUCUGAUCGCAUGUAUUGUCUUUAUCCUAAAAGGCGGAUCUUGAAAAGAACAGUCAAGGUUUUGCUGCUGACAUGGUCUGCCUGCUAGAGGAAGCAACGAGACCACGUGACGUAGCACUGUUUGAACAAAUGAUGGAGUCAUUUUUCACCGUAGGAGCGUCUCGCAUUGAUCUUAUAGGAAAGGUGAUGGAUUUGGAUAAUGAAAUUGGUGGUUACAAUUUUGAUAUUCCUCUCCUUGAGAACACAGAAGAGGCUAUUACGAAUGUAGGACAAGCCGGAGGUAAACGCAGAUAUAUUUUGACGAUUCUUCAUCGAUAUGUUUUCUUUGUCAAGUUCUAUCAGACAUUGUCAUUGUCAUUGUCACCAAAAAUAAGCUUCAAGAUUAACGCUUUGCAUUGUUUGCGAGCACGGCAUCUGUUUGCUGUUCAUUAUGAUAAAAAGGGUUCUUUACACGAACUAGGAAGAGUCUUUGAUUAUGGCCGGCGCUUACAAUUCAAGGUGCGCCAUUCUUCCCAUGCUCAAAGUAGUUGGUCAUAGCUUUUCAACUUUUAGUAUGAUAAAUCCGGUUUAAAAUGUAAUGCUGACUACGAACUGUGUUAGUAGCUUGCGUAAAAAGGCGUUGGUUUUUCUACCACCGCUGUUUUUUUUUUGGUGCUGGUCUUCUCGCCACACCAAUACGUUACGUUAGCUGGAGCUACUCAACUAGACUUCGUAAUCAUUUCCUAUCAAAGGUGCUGAAAUAAGCAAAGAUCUCCAGGUCAAGUUCCUAGACAACCUUCUCAGCACAUAUCAAGAACUGGAAACAUCGUUUAUGAGAGAGGUUUAUGAGCUGCACAAAGCGUUCAGGUUCCGCACGCUCUGGGAAGGCACAAACCCUCUGUCUUUAUACCAACGUGUAGCUGUGGAAAGUGCUCAUGGAGUAGGCCGACUUAAUGGUAUCUUAGAAAUUACAAAUGUUCUGCGAAAUAUCCAACAGACCGAAACGAAAGCUGUCAAGUGCUUUACUAACAACGUUUAUACCACUGACAUUCAGAAAUGGAGUUUUGACAGCAGCCACAACAAAGGGGUAAACAUUAGUUUUUCUUUCAUUUUUUUGUUUUGUAUUUAGCUAUUUGCUACUGGUAUUUUUUCGCUGUUAGUAUAUGAUAAAAAUAGAGUAAAGUGUACGUACGUUUUGUGCAUCGGUAAUGGCUUAUCAUUGGGGAUCUUUACUGAUAAUAAUUAUCUAUCGCGUUGUACUGGUUUUCUCGGACGCAUUCCAAAUAUUACGCUUUCAAAUGGAACGGUGGCGUUCCUUGUCAAUAACAACUUUAAACCUGGUUUUCAAAUAAUUGUCUGGAUCCUCUUGCGACGCUCGUUGGUAAAGAUUCGAAUGAUUACCUGCAAACCAUAUGUAUAUAGAGCUUUGUUCCAUUUUGAACUCAAGAAACCUAUUACAAGUGUAAUUUACAAGUGUCUAGCUAUUGUUUUUAGACUCCAAAACAAUGGGCGCACUUGUACGUAACACUUGUUAAAGUUUUAUUAAAUUGACCCCUGGCGUCUGUAUUGUGCAGAACGGCCCUGAGCAUCCCAGUAGUCCCGCAUGGCAGGCCUUGCAUCAGAGGUGUUUCCAAAGUGAUCGUCUCCAUGGCACGAACACACUUUAAACUACUCAGGGGAUAGCGGAGAUCCAAAUUUAAAAAAACAGUUUGUUUUGAUUGAGUCCUUUAUCAUGAAGGAAAGCGACUUUUCCGCGCUUCGCACUCGUUUUCGCGACUUCGUCGGUCGUUUUAGCGACUUUGUGGCUCAAAAAAGUAGACAUAGCCAAGUCUAUUUGGAAACCAAUCUUCAUUAAACCCUGAACAGACAGGUCAUUUAUCUACCUGUUUGCAUUACACAAAAUGCAUCUGUUAGAAAUAAGGCCCUACAGUGCCACAAAAUCCCACAUAAAGAUUUCUUGGACAACUGACGAUGGUCUGGUUUUGACUGUUAAACGAUCUUUUUUGGGCAGAUGUUUGCGGAUCUCCAGCAAGGAUCUACUCGGUUUCCCAUCAAAGUUAGCCAAAGCUGCUCCUCGUGUUACAAUGUUCGACUUCUAAAGGUAGAGUCUUUUAUUCUAAUACGUUGUAAUGAUGCCUUGAUUCACGGCAGAGAGGAGUCAGAUGUGGGCUAACCUAGCGGAGGCAACGUGUCAGCGAUAGAUCAAGCAGUAAAAAUUAUCUUAUUAGGGUGAAAAGAAAGAGCGGUGAAAAAGAAUAGUUAAUCCGUCUGAGUUAAUUAUCCGGUACUUGCUAUUGAACUAAAUCAUUUUCCUAAUUUCUCAGCUGUAUGUUGAGUUGACUGGUACCGAAGAACAACCCACCAAUGUGCCUGCCACAGUUCAUUUAAGGAUCCGACAUCUUAGCGGUUCUUACUUUCGGGCUGGAGAUGACACGAUCAAGAAAUUUCGACAACCCCUUGGAUCCUUCAGGAAAAUAAAAUUUAGAAGAACAGCUAUCAGCGAUGAAACAAGAUGCGGUGAAGAGGAAAGACAAGGAAACAGUAUGUUCAAAAGAAAAUUUCCAGCAUAUAUUGCAACAUAAACCCAAAUGUAUUAUUUUCCCUACUCCAUGUUAGACCUGAAGUGCGGCCUUUUUAGUUAAAAUGUUGGUGCAGGCUCGUUGCUUUAUGUGAAAAGACCUGUACUCCAUUUAUUAAUUAUUUUCAUCGUGAAAGUGGUAGUGUAAUUGCGUAUUAAGAAACCGUCGGUAACUCUGCUCUAUACUACAUCCUUUCCAGACCCUGGUUGCAGGGAGUAUAAAAGCUCACCUAAUCUUUCUUACCCAAACGGUUAAAAUGCAUUCCUAAUUUCACACCAAAGGGGUAAAAAACGAUUCAUUUUGGCACCGCCCAUACCCAUAGAGGUAAUAUAUGGAAGUGCCCCCUGGGAGGAAACCCACAAACCAACUCAGUUAAUAGAAAAUAUUGACAAAUAUUAUAACGGGAUUUAACUGAAGAGUUAGAUUGAAUUGGUAUUGACCAAAGAUAUUUUGGCAAAUCUGCUUUUUUCGCGUGCUGACGACAAAAUGUAUUUUGGAUUUAGCAUGACCAUGAUCUUGGGUGAGACACCACGCUUGCUGGCCACCAAAAUAUUUGCCGGAAGGCAUCCAUGGAAGCAUUUUCUUUCCAUGCACCCAGAAACUGACAAAGGACACCUCUAUUGAAAUCCUGUGUUCUAUUUAUAUCAUUAGGAUAAUGACCGAAUUCCGAGGCCUCCUUAAAAAUGAUGACCAAGCGCGUAGAGCGAGAUCAUUAUUUUCAAGAUGUCAAAGGGCCAUCAUCAUGGUAGUUCAUGAUCUUUGGCUAACCUAGGCUUUUUCGCUUCUUCCUCUUCUUUUUCUACUUUCGUGACGUUACCAAUGUCUUGUAUCAUUAGAGAACUCCAUAUUUUGCGUCACCAACAAUGAUUACCGCUGGCAUCCAAUGUGCAGCCACCCACUGAGUCAAGGUUCUUGUGUGGACCGUCUCCUGGGAGAGGAAGAGUGUAGAAGUCCUUUCGGGACUUAUGAGCUGACCAUACCAAAAGACAAUUCUCUGUCUUGCGAUCAACCGGGCAUCAGGAAUAAAAACUGCAAGGAUUUAGAUGUAAGUGGAGUGUAACGUCCUGAGUGAGGGCUAUUUCGAAGUUUUCGAAGUUUUCGAAGUUUGUAUUCAUUGAUUAAAAUGGAGUUUCUCUAAAAGUCGGUUCUUCUGGUUGCUCAAGGCGGGUUAAUGAAUCGAUUAUUUGAAAAAUGCAUCCGUUAGUAGCUGCUGCAACCAGUCUCAGAUUCAAAUUUGCACUGAUUCCUGCAUGCGUACUGAGCAGUGACUUACCAGAAAACCGAGAAAAAAACUGGGCCAGCAGAAAUUUCAUGACUACCUCGCGUGUGAAUUAACUGCUCGUAUGUAGGAGUGCAGAGAUGAAACUGAAAUGUACAACUCCCGACGGAUUCAAACCUUCGAAUAAUGAAUUCAUUAAUGCCGUCUUGGGGGGUAUGCUUGACCUACCCUGACCGUAACUAGAAAUACGUUAUUGUAAAUUCUCUAGCGGUCUACUACGGCACAAUAAACCGUCAAUGUUGUUAGUUGUUAUUUGUGUGUUGUUGGGAAGCCUGUUAUUAAGAACAGAAUCGCAAUAUCCUCGCGAAGCCUUAAAGUAUCAGCAGUGAGAAUAAUGGGAAACAAGCUAAAGGGAAAAAAAUGAUCAAAAACUAAAAAGGCAAAAAUGUACAAAGUUUAAAAGUAUGGCUUCGCCGGGAUUUGAACUCGCUCUCCCCGAAUCUCCUGUAAGUUACGGUCGAUUCUUAUACUUAAAGCAUUUUUCUCCGAUGUGAACUCUGUUUGAAGUUGGUGGAGCUGUAUGAAUUCAAGGUCACAUUUCAGGAAAAUUAGCUUAAAGUCGUAUUUCAAAGCCAUUUUGCAUUAUAUCGGUCAUAAUUCACUCUCGGGUGCAACGGAAACCAGUUUUGAUCACUGAAUCGGUCACAUCGAUCGGCGGGAAAAGAACCAAUUCAUUGUUGGUUUACCUCGGUGUUACAUGAAUUCAAAAGUACUGAUUUUUGGGAAAAGCAAGGUUUUGACGGUAAAAAACCGAAGUGACAACGCACUUUUGAAUAAAACAUGAUAGUGCACCACAGCAUUUGCAUUCGCACUUGAAGUAGCCUAAAAUGCACCCUGACGUCACAGCUAGAUGACGUCAACUGCGGACUCCCGAGAGAUACAUAGAAAUAUCUGCAACUCGAAUUUCUGCCUCGCUGUGUGAUCAACGCGCGACAAGUUUAUAAACCUCGCUUCGUUCAGAAAUUAAACUCGCAUUCGAAUUCAAAAAUAGUGGAACGCACCGCCACAAUACCUUCACCCGACCGUUCAUUCAAAUAAGCAAGGUUUCGAAAGUUGGCGACGCACACCCUGGGAAGCUGCCAUAUUCUGUCCUAGUAACUCCAAUAAAUAUACGAUGCAGUCUAUUUUUUUCACUGCCAGUUUAUAUUCUAACGAGUGUCUUUCUUUAGGCUUAUUAAAAGAUCUACGUCGGUUAAACAAAAUGGUUUUUAACCCUAUCACUCCCCACAAAUGAGCUUCAAUUUUGCGUAAUUGGGUCUUGAUAUACUGAAUACAUUUAAUAACUUCAAUUUAGGUUGACGUAGUGUAGUUGUAAGGAUAAGAAAGUAACGCAAUCAGGCCCACAGAAUUUUCUGUAAAAAUAUUUUUUUCUAUUUUCAGCUAACCAAGUUCACAAAAAUGAACGUGUGGGCGCAGUUCUUGUAUUGGUCAGAGGGUUACCCCCAAGGGCCAAAUGAUCGUAUAUGUAGGACACCAUGGAAAGAGGAACCUGAGAACGAACCUGAGGAAGAAGGGUCUGCAAAUCCCCCUCGGAACUAA